AUGGUAUCCAAACCAACGAUCCGAGUAAUUGGGUCACUAAACAUCGAUUUCGUGACCACCACGCCCCGUGUCCCAGGCCCAGGGGAAACACUCACGGCGACGUCCUUGGCCGUGCACGCCGGCGGGAAGGGCUCAAAUCAAGCAGUGGCAUGCGGGAAGGCAGCUUUCACGUCAACCACGGAGCAAGAUGUCACGGUUGACAUGAUCGGCGCUGUGGGCAAGGGAGAUCCUUACUACGCAUCACUCCUCAAGCCGACACUGGAGAAGAGUGGUGUGGGCACAAAAUGCGUGGAGGAACUCGAGGGCAUCCAGACAGGAACCGCGACCAUCAUUGUCGACACGGGCUCUAACGGAGAGAACCGUAUUCUGAUCGUGCCUGGGGCCAAUAAUGAAGUGACGGAUGUGCAGAAGGUGUUGGAUACUGCAACAAGCGAUGGCGUUCCCGAUGUCGUGGUCAUGCAGGGUGAAAUUCCACGGUCGACGGUACUGAGACUACUAAAUGCAUUCAACUCUCCCACACACAAGACCGCCGUGGUAUUUAAUCCCGCACCAGUCUUUCCAGACGGCAUACCGCUCGAUUCAUUGAAGGGAAUGGCGGUUCUGGUCGUCAACGAGACAGAAUGCCUCCUCUUGUUCAAACUCAUCGAGGAGCUACGGGGCUCGUCGUCCCUCCCUCGAGAGGAAGACAUCAGCGAGGCUCACCUAGACAGGCUCACACGGUUGAUACACGAACGUGCAGAGGUGUCGAUCGUCGUCGUGACACUCGGCGGUCGUGGAGUUUACUUUUCAGCGUCGAACGGGUCCGUCCGGGGUCUUUUCCCCGCCGAGAAGGUGGAGAAAGUAGUCGACACAACAGCAGCAGGCGACACUUUUGUCGGGUAUCUUGCGACCGCACUCGCGAGGCAUUUAGCGACGAAGGCAAAAGUCGAUACAUUCGAUAUCCAGGGAGCUGUGAAGCGGGCAAAUCAGGCGUCAGCCAAAUGUGUGCAAAGAAGUGGUGCUAUGGAAAGUAUCCCCUUUGGGUAUGAAUAG